ACUGAUCGUAUGUAAACCACACACUCUUCGGUCCCCCUUUUCAACUAUUCAUUCACAUGUAAUAACAUAAAUACACACUCCCUUAUUUAGAAAAAUAUCAAACAUGGAUUCUUUUCUCUCUUGCCCGGAGCAAGCUCUUUCUCAAUUUCCACAAUCCCUGAAGAUCGACACCGCACUUGACAGCUCAUGUGAAGUAUUGUUAGCCUCAGUGACUCCGAAGAAGCCCUCGGGAAGAAAGAAAUUUCAGGAGACGCGACACCCGGUUUACCGAGGAGUGAGGCGCAGAAAUUCAGGCAAGUGGGUUUGUGAGGUUAGAGAGCCUGUUAAAAAUUCUCGAAUUUGGCUCGGGACUUAUCCUACUGCUGAAAUGGCUGCUCGGGCUAAUGACGUUGCAGCCAUUGCACUCAGAGGUCGUAAUGCCUGCCUUAACUUCGCUGACUCCACGUGGAGAUUGCCAGUUCCUGAUUCUUCGACUGUCAAGGACAUUCAGAAGGCUGCAACCAAGGCAGCCGAGGCGUUCAGGCCAUCGACUGCGGUGAAGGCUUUGGUAUUGAUAGCUGCAGACAAGGCGGCUGCAGAGUCCUUUAGGCCACCCGAUCCGGCAAAGGCAUUGAUGUUGCAACAAAAUUUGGUGCUUUAUAUGGAUGAAGAGGCGCUUUUUGGAAUGCCUGGACUCAUCAACUGUUUGGCACAGGGGAUGUUGCUUCCUCCGCCGCAACGUGCACAAUCUGAUUGGGAUGAUGAAGUGGAAAAUGCUACGGACAUGUCUUUGUGGAGUUAUUCAUUUUGAUUCCACCAGUGCAAGCUUUUAUUAUAAGCACUGGAUUGGAUGUGCUCUGUCUGUAAAUAAUGCAGAAGAUUUUAAAUCUACCAGGUCAUCUGAAUGUAAUAUUAGUAGCAGAAGUUUGGGUUUGCUAUUCAAUGUAUUUCCCAUUAGCACCGGAGAGGUCGGGGAAAACAAGUUUUGUUAUAAAAUAUAAUAUGUUUGCAA